AACAAGGAUAGCCAAAAUAAGCGCUAAAAUCAACCAGCAUGGUGUAACCAUCAGAAAUAGGAUCGAAAAGGCAGAGGCGAUAGCUAUGACUGAACUAAAGAAGGCGGAAUCUAGUCAAAACGGACAGGGAACGUCACGCCAACACGUUGAAAUGAUGACAGAUCUUUUAGCUAAAGUGGACACUGUCCGAUCCAACAUGCAACAGAUGAAGGAGAUUACUGGCAGUACGGAUGUCCAGCCCUGUGUGUCAGUGCAGAAGGAGGCAACAAACCUCCGCAACAACAUAGCAGAACUCCGCAAAAAAAUCGAUAGGGCUCGCGCCAUCACCUCGGCACUACCUGUUUCCGUAGCAAUGGUAGACGGAUGGGAAUAUCAACUCGAGGUGCCAUCGACAGGUGAAACGGAAUCUCCGGUGACGUCACUUGAGGUGUGCGUUAAGCCUGAAAGGUCGGCAAUGACGGUAGCGAAUUUCCAUGGUAACGGAACA